AACAACAGCAGCAACAGCAUCAGUUUUGCCGCCAUUAUUCCAUCAACAAAAGUAACUUAAUAAAACUGAUGAUGGAAAAGCCACAAAUAAUUGCGCAUAUUCAAAAAAACCUGAACUAUACGUUAUUUGAUGCAAAGUGGGUGCCAAGAAGUGCAAGAUUUGUGGUUGUUGGCUCGCAUGCGAGAGGGACUGGUGCACUGCAGGUUUACGAAUUGUGUCAGGGCGAAGUCAAACUUCUCAAGGAGACUGAGAAGCACUCUGCUUUUAAAUGUGGUACUUUUGGUGCUUCAGCCAUACAGCAAAGAUAUUUUGCCACAGGAGAUUUUAAUGGAAAAUUGGCUAUAUGGAACCUUGAAUCACCAGACAUUCCAGUGUACAGUGCAGAUGCACAUAAAGAAAUAAUCAACUGUAUUGAUGGUGUUGGUGGUCUUGGGGUUGGUGAAGGAGCCCCAGAAAUUGUAACUGGGAGCAGAGAUGGCAGCGUAAAAGUAUGGGAUCCACGCCAAAAGGACAUCGCUGUAGCGAACAUGGAACCUGCUGAUGGUGAGCAAAAAAGGGACUGUUGGUCCGUGGCCUUUGGUCAUUCCUAUACACAAGAAGAAAGAUGCAUUUGUGCUGGAUAUGACAAUGGUGAUUUAAAAAUGUUUGACCUUCGUACUAUGUCUGUUAAAUGGGAAACCAACCUGAAGAAUGGUAUUUGCUCUGUGGAGUUCGACAGAAAAGAUAUUAUGAUGAAUAAGCUGGUAGCAACAACAUUGGAGUCGAAGUUUCAUGUCUUUGACCUCAGGACACACCACCCUUCAAAGGGAUAUGCAUCUCUGGUUGAAAAGGCUCAUAAGUCAACAGUUUGGUGUGUUAAGCAUAUGCCACAAAAUAGGGAUGUUUUUAUGACUGCUGGUGGAAACGGCACACUGAAUCUGUGGAAAUACUCAUACCCUGCUAAACGCUCAAAGCAAGAUACAGACGGGUUAGAUGUUGGGGUGAUGGGCUCAGUCUCGUUGGUGCAAAAUGCCUCGUUAUCAACUCAACCGAUACACUCAUUCGACUGGAGCCCUGAUAAGGAGGGAUUGGCUGUGUGUACAUCCUUUGAUCAAUCUUUGCGGGUGCUUUUUGUGACAAAGCUCAACAGGAUGUGAUCGUGGUCAUGUGAUUGAGGCCUUAUACGAAUACGAGGCACAUGAGGUCCGUUCCAGUGCACCUUUGCCGUUACAGUGAUUGUUAUGGUCUCAGUUUGACGAGAAUUUCACCAAUACAAAGCACUUGUAGAUACGUAAUUUGCAUAUCAUCUACGUGAGGACUGUGUUAAAUUAUUUUUCAGUUUUAAACCCGUACCAAGAAAAUAGUUUUAAACAACAAGAGUUUUAGUUUUAAAUGAGAACAGAGAACAAGCAGGAGGAAAAGCACGUUUUGACUUCAUGGGCAGGUUUUGAUGUUACGGAAACCUGACUUAGCUUUAAAUAUGAUGUUUCUCCUAAAUAUUUGAUCAUGCUGUUAGAAUUAAGAGACAUCGAAGUUUCCAUGUUCAGUUGAUAUUAAAUAUAAAAUCCCUUAGCCUGUAAUUCAACAUACUUUGUAAAAAGCCUCCUGCCUCUCUUUUACAUCCAGCCAUUAAGAUUUGAGUGCAACUUAUAUUUAGUCUGAAUGAUAAUUAGUUCAGCAAUUAUUGAUUUAUGACUUGUUCAUAUCUGUGUUGUUCGCAUCUGCAAUUAUUUGUAAAAUUGGUUUUAAUCAAAUCGAAUUCCGUA